AUGCCCUCAUUAUCACAACCUUUUAGGUUGACUAUUCUUCCAAAGAUUGCAUCCUUAAGUAAUUUUGCGCUUCAAAGUGAUUACAUCCAAGUAAAUGACUCCACUUUCAGUCCAACCACAAACAAGAUUACUAUCGGUAUCUCAGGUUCUUCUGUCUCACAAUAUAUUGUUAAUCCAACCCCUAAGCUGAUUUUUAACUUCCCGAUCCCAUCCACUAAUAUUGUUACGGCAUGUAACGUAUUUGAACAAAAAGGAAGUUCUGAAGAAACUUGGUGCUUUGCAACAAUGGCUAAUAAAACUUCCACUUUGAAUUUAAUUAACAAGAAUCAAUACCAGACCAACGAGGAAGAAUCUGGAGACUCCGCUCCAUCAGAUUCCUCUGUUACAAGUGAAUUCAAAAUUAAAGCUGAUGAUCAUGUAGUCGAUAUUAAGAUUUUAAAUAAGAAAAAGAUCAUAGUUGUUUUAAAGAAUGGGAAAAUUCAAACCUACGACUUUGAAUUAAAAUUACUGAACUCUAUUAAUAUGGCAUAUAACAACGUUCGCUUUGUUGAACAUUUCCAUGAGGAUGGUAAAGAUUUCAUGUUUGUUUUAUGUGAUCUUGAAAAUGAUAAGGUAUGUUUGAAAUUGUUCCAAAUCAACGAAAACAUCGAAACUAUUAAUGAUAGUGCCAUAGAAUUGACGUCUACUAUUUUAGAAAACUUCCCAUUGGAAAAUGCUAAAUUUUGCUAUCAAUUUGGUAAAUUCUAUAAACUAACGGAUGAUAAGAUCUUGGUGUAUUCACUACCCCAAUUCCAAUUUCAAUAUUCCAUCACACUUCCAAUGAUAACUGAUUUGAAGGAGGGAGAAAGAGUUGUUUCAUUCAAACCUAUCUCUCCAAAUAGAAUUUUAUUGACAGUGAACAACAAGAUCUAUUUAUUGGAUUUAAUCCACAAUUCCAUUCUUUCUGAAAGAGAGUUAACUCAUUUGAAGACUUUUCAACUACUAAAAACUGCUGUAGUUGAUACUAAUAUAAAUCAAAACAGAACCCUUGCCAUUGGUGUUUCAACAAAAUUUGGCUCCAAUCCUACUUCUUCAUUAGAACUUCUCAACGUUGAUGUGGGGACAAGUACAAUUAAAGAUUCAUUAGGUAAGAGUUUCCAAACUAGCAGUACAGAGAACAAUGUACAAUCUUUAAAGUCAUUAUUUGAUGACGAAAAUGAUUACAGCGACAAAAAGAAGCAAGUGAAGAAUUUCAACUAUGAGAAAAUCUACAAAGAAUUAGUUGACAGUAAGAAUGACGUAACCAAAUUUGACGAUAUAUUUUUCAAAAGUUUUGAUAUUAAGAAAGAAUAUUAUACUGAAAAAGAUAGGUUUAUCUAUAAUCAUGAAUUUUUGGUUCAAAUCAUUGAUCUAAUAUUUGAAACAUUCAAGGAAGAAUAUCCAAAGACAUUUACUUAUCUUUUAACAGAUCCUUUGUUCCCAUUAGAGCGUACUAAGGGGCUAUUAGCUCGUCUCAACAACCAUCCAAGGUUAUUCAAACAAGCUAUAGUAACAUGUCCUAACUUGCCAUUAAAUGAGUUAUUAGCAGAAUUGUUUACUAUCAGUAAUGGUGAAUUAUCUCUUGAUAUAUCUUUGAGAAUCUUACAAGACUACACAAGAGAUUCAAUUAAAAAAGAAUUGAAAAAAUUACCCAAAAUUGAAGUUGAAAAUUUUAUAGAAUUCAUAAUUGAUGAAGAAUCUGAUAUCAAAGAUACCACGAAUGCACCACAUUUGUUUCAACUACUAUCAUUGGUUGUAGAUUCCAUUGGGUUAUUUGCCUUGGAUAAUGCAGUGCUGGAACGUUUAUCCAAAUAUAUUGAUGAACAAGUUGCUAUUGCACAAAGUAACACUGAAUUAUGGCAUUUAUUGGAUUAUAGCAAUGUGCUGGCAUAUAAGAACGAUAAAUUCGUUACGAGUACAAGCAAAGACUCUAAUACAAGUUUGAAAUUACAAGAAGAGGUUCUACCAAAAUAUUCAGUAGAAUAUCUAGAUCUUUAG